CAGGCCCAGGGACUCCGAACUUUGAAGUCCGAACUCGGAUCUGCACUCUGCAUGUGGCUUUUCCGGACUUUCAUAAAUCUGGUGCCAGGUGCCUCCUUUCAACAAAUUUUGUGGGGGAACAUUCCUUCAGGUUCUCCUGAAGAACCUCCGUCCGAAAGGCACAGCGUCGCAGCAUUGUGUCCACUGCCAAGAGGGCAUCUCGAGCAGUCAUCCCCCGGGGCUCAAGAUGGGACCUUUUCUGCGGAGCUCUCUCGUCCUCUUCCUGGCGGUCUUGUUGCUCGCUGUGUCCCCAGCGCCUGCCGCUGCCUCCUCGCGCCACCUCCAUCGGCAUCUCGAAUCUUUGAAUGGCCCCGACGAGCAUGACUUUUUCUUCAGCAACGCCAGCCAGCUGAAUCCCAACGUGACCGCCAACCUCAUCGGCGGCUGCUGGUACAAGCCCAUCAACUUCACCAAGUACCAAGACCAGGUGGAGAACCUUGUCGCGUCCUUCUACCAGAAACUGCUCAACGGGACGCUCCUCCCAGGGGGCGGUAACGUGACAGUUGUGCGCCUGCCGGACGGGAGCCUGUCCAUCAUCAACGGGAAUGUCACCGUGUCUCCCACGGGCCAACUUAUUAUCGACGGGAAUGUGACCACCACGGGGGUUUUCAACGGGACGCUCAGGCUCAACCAAACCCUGCCGAACAUAACGAGCCUUGUCACCUCAAUCUUCCAGCAAGCUGCAAAUCUUGCAGGGAACAACAGCACUCUGGGGUCGUUGAUCGGAGGGAACAGUAGCACGCUGGGGUCGUUGGUUGGCGGGAUUCUUGGGAACCUUCCCCCUGUUCCGGGUUUGAACACCACAAUCGGCGAGCUUCCGUCCAUCGAGUUCAGCCCCAGUAUGCUGAGCAACGCAACCCAGCUUCUCAGCUACAGCCCCGUGACUCCUGACGCCAUCCUGGCGUACCUACGGAAUCUCACGGCAGCGACACUGGCCGCCAUUGACCCCGGCCUCCUGGCAGGAGCAGAUAACGGCCCUCUCAACCGCGCUACCCCCGUAGCGGCAACCCCCAUCCCCACAGCCGGACCUGGGGUCAACCAAUCCCUACCGGGAUUCCCCGACAUCAAGGUCUACUUUUUUGUGAUUGUGGCAAGGUCAACCGACAACGACGUCACACAGACCAUGCUCGUCAACCAGAUUGCAAGGAUGAAUGCUGACUACGGGGCCUCCGGUUAUCCCUCACGUUUUGUCCUUGCGGGGGCGGUCAGAAUUGUGAACCCACUGUGGGUCGACAGGGAUGUGGACACAGAGGAGCGAAUUUUCAACGAGAUGAAGUUCCAGACUAGGAUAGGAGGCCCACAGGAGUUCAACGUAUGGAUUACCACCUUCUCCGACUCUGGCCUGAACGGGUAUGCCACUUUCCCGUGGGACUACCAGGACGACCCCAGGAUUGACGGCGUUGUGAUCAGCAAGUACACGCUGCCCAUGGACAGGAGCAACCGCAACUACCAGGCGCUGCGCAGCGUGGGCAUCACGCUCACGCACGAGACGGGGCACUGGCUGGGCCUCUUCCACACGUUCCAGGGCGGGUGCACCGGUAGCGGCGACUUUGUGUCGGACACUCAGGCGGAGGGGACGCCCAACGACUACAGCGACCCCGCGUGCACCAGGAUGAAGUACUCGUGCCCGGCAGGGAGCAGGGCACCCCCCGACCCGAUCUUCAACUUCAUGGACUACGGGGCGUGCAGGCGCACAUUCACGACCGGCCAGGUCGCAAGGGCGAAGCAGUACUGGACGUACUACCGGUACAACCAGGGUUAAGCGGGGGGUCAGGGCCGGUUAUUUAUGUGAGUAUGGUUUCGUAAGGUGGGACAACAAGCGUUGUUUAUAAAGAAGCGUGGUUGAAAGAGGGUGUGGACCUUAGGCGUAAAUUGCAAAUGGACUGGUCUGCUGCGAGUGGAUCCGGGUUGUAUUCAAAAAAGGGGUGUUUGAGAAGUCGGUUGUCGAAGGUUGUGCAGGUUUCUAAGUUAUUGACGAAGUAGAGGAGGAGCUAUGUUAUAUCGCACGCUGCCAGGGCGGGAAAAGGAGUGUGAGAGAGCAGCGAAGCUAGACCACGGUUCCAGCCACCUAGAGAGUCCGCAUGCACAUUUAGAGUCCUUGGCUAGAAAUGAGCACGCCAUGUAGUAGCCAGCAGCAGAGGCACGCACGUUGGCGGGGCACGCACGGCGGUAAGCACCAUGCGAUGGCGCUGCUCCCUGUCCCUUUUUAAGAACUGAAGAUUUUAUGGUUGCUGUAAAAGCUUGAGCGAUAAAGUUACACUCGUGAUCUGGCAUCGACUCAAAACACAUAUGUACGUGACCUUAGUGGGGGAUGAGCAAGCUUCAUUCGGCCGUUUGUCGCAUGCUACUUGUAAACGCUUUUGUUGGAGCAAUUUUUGGAGUCUACAAACUUUGUUGUUCCGGUGUGGCUUGUCCAAUCACAUUGUGCGCUUAUUCAAAGUUGCAUUGCUGUCCGAUUGAGUUGUCUGGCCCGCAUAAACGUACCGACCAUUGUGUAGCAACC